AUGCGGAACUAAUGACAACAGAGACCGAAAUGCAUGUUGGCUCUGUCCCUGAACCAGUCUUUACGACUUGAACUAAGUUGGAACUGGUAGGAGAACAUGUAAAAAACCGUUCUCGGAUCAGUCAUAAACACGCCAGGAUAUGGCACGCACAUUGAUGAUGUCACUCGCCGAGAACUACAACAGAAGGAUACACAGCACAGCUUAGCAGCUUAGUUACCAUCAAAGUGCAGACUAAAUUCACAGUCACUUUUUAUACGAAGGGCUCAAAUUGUCAUGCACGUUUAUGCUAAGUUAUUAAAUUGAACAAAGAAGACAUCUUACCGUUAAACGUGUCAGACCGCGGUGACGCUAACGACGCGUACCUAGCUAACCAUAAAACUUACAUUUAGCUUGUUUUUAUAUGUAUAAUCACGCGCUGUAUUAUCUACCAUCAGCAUUUCAAGACAACGAGGUGCUUAUUUGUCUUUAUGUUUAAUAACAACUUGACAUCUCAGGAAUCUGCUAUGUUAAAGGUGCAGUCAAACAUCUCUCAAUGAGAGAUGGCGACAAAAGGAUGAUCCUAAGAACGAUUUAACCAAUAAUCAUUGACAAACAUGCCUCAAAGGAAGAGAGCCCUUGUUCCUAUUAGCACAAGGAGAAGGGUUAAAUCUGAUGAAGAUUAUUUCCCUUUCAAUUCACUGCCAUUUGAAUGUCAACUCCAUGUGCUCUCAUUCCUCAGCGAGGUGGACAAGUGCAACUCUGCACUCGUGUGCGUAAACUGGAGUCACCUAGUGCGCUCCGGGAAGCUCUGGAGAGUCGCCGACUAUUCCCGCCGUGGCGUAUUUCACCUUGGCCAGGAGGGCCUGCUUGUUUCCAACAGAGAGUUUGAGCGCUGGAAAGCUUGGGUUCACCAUUACACCCACCAUCUUAUAUCUCGUGGUGCUAGCUUGCUCACUCUUAAGGCCAGUUUCGAUCUAGGGGAUGAGUGCAAUAAGUGGGGAGAACUUCUUUCGCAUCUUCUGGAGAACGUCCAUUGCAGAGAUCUCAGUCAUUUGGACUUAAACUGGACGUUCACUCUGCUGGAACCUCUGGACCUUCGUAGCCACACCAGUUCAAGCUCCCAUCAAGACAACAUUACCAAGAAGGACCAAGUCAAUAACUUUCAGAUUCUUCUCGCCAGACUUGUGCACAGCUGCCCCAGGAUGACCAAAAUGCGUCUGCACUUUGACUGGUCUGAAACCUCAGUGGCAUUGAUUACUCAAUUUCAACACCUCCGUAUCUUAGAACUCAAGUACUUUUGGGUAUUUAAAGGGGUCAGUCCAAGCACUUUACAGACUCUAGCUAAAUCACUGCCUAAUCUGAAGUCACUUACGCUCCAUGUUCUCGUCCCACUGCGGAAUUUAGGCAUCUCGUACACCCUUGAAUCCUUGUCUCUUGAGUUCCUGGAUGUGUCACCCAGUCGUGGUUUGGUUUUCUCCUGCCUCAACCUCCCAGCGCUCCGAGAGCUGCGGGCCAAAAAGAUUGUCCGAGGCAUAACUCUGGACCGCCGAACCCGACUCCAGAUACAGAGCAGGUGGCCUUGCCUGUAUCAGGUCUUGCGUGAAGGGACACCCAAAUUGCAGGCCCUUAACAACGAACGACUCCUUCCAAAUUGGAAAGAGCAAAGUUACAGAGAGUUGACCUCCAUCCUCCAGCAAUCUUGCUACUGCCUUCAGCAUUUAGACAGUUGGCUUUGGUGAAGUCAAGCCUUAAAACAAUCAUAAAGUCAAAGAGACACCUGACUGCGCUUAAAAAUGUUAUCAAUUCUUACCAU